AUGGAUAGUGUUCUUUUUAAUAAACGAAAUCAUCAUACAGCACCGUUAUAUGUUAAUAAUCUUCCUUUAAAGAGAGUCGUCAAAUUUAAGUACCUAGGCCACUGGGUAACAGAGGACUUAAAUGAUGACUUAGAUAUAGAAAGGGAACGCAGGGCGUUGGCUGUUCGCUGUAAUAUGCUGGCCCGCAGGUUUGCACGAUGUACUAAAGAAGUAAAAGUAACGCUUUUUAAAGCGUAUUGUCAGUGCUUUUACACAUGCAACUUGUGGGUUAGAUAUACGCAGCGGGCAUACAACGUCCUGCGUGUCCAAUAUAAUAAUGCAUUCAGGGUGCUGUUGGGAUUGCCGCGUUAUUGUAGUGCCUCUGCUAUGUUCGCUGAGGCACACACGGAUGGCUUUCAUGCCAUUAUUCGUAAAAGGUCUGCUUCGUUACUGAGUCGUCUGCGUAACUCAACCAACAGCAUUCUAAACACACUUGCUGAUAGGUGGGACUCGGCCAUUAUGAGGCAUUGGUUGAGUCUACAUGUAAAACUAAAUAAGUGA